AUGCUCACACUGCGCCCUCUGCGCGUCGCUCCUCUCUCCCCCAGCCUUCCCCUCUUGCGGUCGCCCCGCGCGCUCGCUCAUGCAUCGCGGUACACGGGGGGGGCGGAGCUCUGUCCUGUUGCGCGCAGUAGGCGGAGAGAUGGAGCGCGCCACGCGGAAAGUUGCCUUAUACCGCGCCUCGCCAUGAGAGCAGCGCCAAUCGCGGCAGCCCUUGGAGUCUCAGACGGUAGCGAACAUGAACCGUUGGAUCCUGUUAGAGACUCCGGGAAGGAGGCCUCUGAACCGUUAGAUGCGCAACCUGCUGCUGACGCGGCGGAGCCCGAGCCCCGCGUGGGCGGGGAGCGCGCAAACCUGCGCUCGGCUCCGCGGAGAGAAAGCUCCCGCGUGCAGCAGGCGGGGGGAGAAAAUCCCUCUCCGCGGAGCAAUGCGGAGCUGAUGGCGGAAGGGGGGAGAGAUGCGGGGAGCGGGGGAGGGGGGGCCGGGGCGAAGCGGAGGGCGGGCGCGAGCGUGGGGGUGGACUAUGGCGGGCGGAGAACUGGCGUGGCAGUGAGCUACAGUGGCUUCGCCCCUCGACCAAUCACGGUGAGGCUCACAAGCCAGGUCACUCACUCACUCCUGUCAUGCCACAUCUCUUCUUCGCAUCCCCCCUGCAGCAUGUUCUGCCUCUCGCUCCUCGCCUCCCCAUCCAUCCUUCGCUCACCAUGCCCCCUUUCCCUUGUGCUGUCCCUCUCCUUCCUCUCCUCGCUCUCUCUGCCGCCGAACUGGGUGGUGCGGGUCCUGCAGGUGCUGACGACAAGGGGCCCUCAACUAGUGGCAGACCUGCUGAAGCUGGCACGGGAUGAGGGGGCGGACGAGCUGGUGGUGGGGCUGCCGGUGUCGUGGGAUCGAUCCGAGGGCCCACAGGCCGCCACGUGUCGCCAGUUCGCGCAAUCGCUGGCCAAACCAGCGGCCGUGCAGGGGGUGAGAGUGUUUCUACAUGACGAGUACAGCACAUCGCAAGAUGCUCUCGACCUCAUGAUCCAAUCUGGUCGUGGCAGGAAGGACCGGCAAGAGAUGCUCGAUGCCUUUGCUGCUGCCGUUCUCCUGCGGUCCUACUUUGAGUCCCAAGGGGUCAACGCCACUGCAGUGUUACCCAAGAGUAAACUGCUCCAACAAAAGCUCUGCUCCCGCCAACACUCUCCCGAUGCCAGUGUGCAAGGAUUCUCUGCUGCGUCCGAACCCCUAGUAAUACCUGACUCCUCUUCUGCAGUUAGAGCCUCUGCACCGACUCAAGGCACUGCAGGCUCUGCUGCUGCAGACGCAACCGUCUCUGCAAUGCCAGCGACAGAGCAAGGGCGGCGUGCUGUCACACUGCACAGAGGCACGUUGAGCAACAAGGGAGCUUCACGGAGCAGCAAGGCAUCAUCGGUUGACAGUGUGCAGGGAGCUGUGGGUCUUAGAGCACGGGGCAGAGGCAGUGGGGAGGGCAAAAGGCCUGCUGUUGUUAGUAAGCCUCUCGCUACCAGGCAGAUGGUGAAGAGUAGAGAUGACUAUGAUGAUGAGGAGGAUGAUGAUGACAGCCUAUUUGAUGGUGACUGGGAGGCUGCUUUCAAGCUCAAGUAA